AUGGGAAUAAAAAUAUAUACAUUUAUAGUAAGCCUAGUGUCGGGAAGCCGGAGGAGACGGGCUCAGGCGCCGGGGCUGGCGAGGUUACCGUCGCCGGAGGGGAUAAAGGCGAGGCUGAGGACGAGGAGCAACAUGGCGACGGGAAGGAGGAGCAGCACCGCCGGCGGCGGUGGCAGCGGCGGGAGCAACGGCGGCAGCAGGAGCAGGAGCGCCGCCACCCCCAGCAGCAGCAGCAGCUGCGCCGGCGUCCUCAGGUGGCCGGGCAUCUGGGUACUCGGCCGGCGUGGCCCUCGACGCCCCACCACCCUGCCGCCGGCGCCCUCCCUGGACGUCCAUAUUUAUUGGGCGAGUGCAUGGGCGCGCUGA